CUCUCGAUGCGCCGCGCGUCUGUCAUAGAAUCCUGAACGGUUCCACGCUGCCAGUUCCGAAUCUAUUUUCGUUUUCCGUGUUGUAUCGCAGCCUCCGGCUCUUCCUGAAAAAGGCGACUUCGAUCGAAUCAACUUGUCUUGUACUUGCAGAUCUGCAUGACCAUAGUGAGAGGUACAGUUGCCUACUAAACUCAAUGAAACACGGACACUGCGCCUGGUUUGACAUCUCAAAAUCCUGCCCGUGCCGCAGAGCGACGUAAUCCAGCAGCCCAGAGAAGCUUACGCUAGCAACAAUCAGAGGACCUCCGCAGUGCUCCUCUCAUCAAGACCGGUCGACCCUAAAAACUCGUCGAUGAGUCACUUCUCUACCUUGAUUUCUAAUGUAUGCUAUUCUAUGCUUGAGCAUCAUCGUGCCAAGUGGCUUGCUCUUGAAUGGCACCCAGACGAGAGCAGGUAAACACGACCAAGUACUUAUCGCCUCGAUCCAGUAAAAUUCUUGUGCUUUUCUGAUCUGGCUUGUCGCAGUUUGUUGCCUUCCGUUCGCCACAACCAGCAUGAUGGCGUCGGGGAGAAAGUCAGACGUUACGCAGAAAUAUGGAAAUGGAGACCAGAAGGAAACUCUGGUUGUCAAUGUCGUGGGUAUGGAUUCCUCCUGGUCGGGUGGCGCUGCUAGUCCGACGGGAGCUGUCACCAGCGAUAAGGCCGGCAGUUAUUUGAGCGACUCGUGUUCCGCACCGAGUAGCGAGCCAGUACAAACCUCCGGCAGGGUUGGACGUUCGACGUUUAUCAACACCGUUCUGACACUCGACUCGCCGCAGUCGGUCUCGUCCCACUCAGAGAUUAAUGGUGACCUGUCAAGUAACAGUUCGUCCACAGCGGAUCAACGACGUUUGACAGAGUUUGUUGCCAAUGGGCACUCGUACAUGUAUCAUGGGUGUACGGAACGGCCGGUGAUCAUCAAACCAAGCAAGUCCUCACCCAGGAAGGCCAAGUCACCUGUGCGUAGAUUUGUCAAGCUGCACAUUAUUGAACAAACCACAACGAGAGAACAUCCUGCCAAGUCGGCCUCAGUGCUGACUGGAAGAGCAGCAGCUGGACAAGCCAAGGAAGGUCAGACACAAAGAUCUCCCAAAGCUUGUACUAAUGAGGUAGUUGGUCAGCCCCAGCCAGGUGCCAAGCCAAAACCAAUGAAGAAACCAAAGCCUGUUGGAUUCACAGGCUGUAGGACAUUGGAAAAUCAACCUACGAGUAUUUCUCCUGUUGCACUGAACCAGCGUACUCUUCCAAAUGAAACUUGCCAAACUCCAUUACUAAGCGAGAGAGCGGCCCCUGAAACGGUAGUGGAAAUGCUAAAAAAUGGAACAGCCAGUGUUGGUGCCCAAAUCAUUGUGCUAAAUGCCACUCAUGACAACGCUAGCUUUCGACGCCAAGAAGAAUUCGUGUUACAGCUCAUGCAGGAUGUUGCAUGGCACAGGGAUACACCGACCAUACUUGUAUCCACAAAGAAUGAUCUACUUGGAGAUGAGAACACUGCAUGGCAGCGAGAGGAAUGGGUCAAGCAGUUUGCUGAGAAGGCGUCAGUUGAGCAUUACUUCCACACUAGCUGUGAACCAUACCCUGUCAAUAUUUGCUACGCUAUUGACAGCUUGCUAGCCAUUGCUAUGGGAGGAGAAAAGCCAGCCGGUGAAUCCAGCUUCAUCUCUCUGAAGUCCAAGCAUGCUGACUUCAUAUCAACAGCCACUGAUCUCGCAUCGCUGUUUGCUGCAAGCAUGCCUGAGUCUUUUCUGUCCUGGAAGGCUUGGAAAGAGCUGGGAGGGAAGGAUGAUGCACUGUAUCGGCAGCUUCUAAUACUAGAUGAGUACCUGGGAGAAACGUUGGCAAAGUGCCUGCACCGACAUCGCAUCCUCCACACAGUCCUACAGGAACACGCUGACUGUUGCUUUGCCAGUGACAAGAGCAAGGUCAGCAUGAUGGCCUUGUCUCUGAGUGUUGGCAAAACAACCCUGGCUGAUGUGGAAAGUGACGAUGAAAUCGCACGUGGAAACUCUCAUAACAUCUGGAAGAAGCUGAGAUUGUUGCCAGUGCUCAUGAAACCAGUGUCACCAGCAUCGGUUUGCCUGUACCCAGUGGUGGCGUCCGUCACGCGCAACUGUGCCCCGGCAAAAGCUAUGUACUCAACCUCUAGUUCUGCACUGACACCUGGAAGUCACACAAGAUACAUCCACGUUGUAGAGAGAGCAAAUCGCCAGAGUAUGCUGGAUCUCUGUGAUGCAACCUCACCAGAGGCAGAUGAUGGUAUGCAGGAUGAGGAGUGUUACGAAGUCAUGCAGCCAUUCCAUCUGGAUGAACCUCAAGGACCAGCAGAACAACCAGUAUCACCGCCAUACCGAUGUGUGCAGAAGCCAAAAGCUGGCCAGAAUGGCAUUGCAGCUCCAAUGCUGUCGUCUAGGGACCACAGUGAGGAUGGUGUUACUGAUGGACUGCUCUUACGCAAGCCCCGAGCUGCUUCGGCACCCAUGGUUGUCAACGCACCAGUGGCAAAUAGGCAGCGGACAUUUCGAACUGUACCAAUCGAUGAAAACAGUGGCAGUAACAGCAGCAAUGAUUCGGCAGCAAUAGCCCGCAGAAAUUUGGACAGUCAGCUUGACGAUGAAGGCUAUAUGGAAAUACCACCACAAGACAAGUCACCCAAGAAGCUGAAGGUCCAAUCUAGAGGGUCACUCCCUGCCAUGUUACCUGUAUCACCUCGCAGGGAAAAGUUCAGGAAACACGUUGCCAUGAGGAAAGCUUCAACGGCUCCGAGCCACACCUCGAUGCUACCCGUACCGCCAAUGGCUUCUCAGCACAGACCACAGUCUAAAUUUGAUACAAAUGUACCAACCGGCUCUGACCGGGUACCGACAGUAGUGGGAAUGGAGAAGAGCCAGGAGACCAACACCGUGUUCACGUUUGAUCGGCAAAUUUCACGUUCCAUGGAAGACCUACGAACACUCUAUGAGGAAAUCCCACAUGCUAAGGUCCAGGAGUGGUGCACCAGAGAGCCACAAGUCGCAGUCAGAUCUCACUAUCAACUACCAACUAGCUCAAAUCCUGCUUCGCCCAAUCUACACAAGAUGUCACCAUCUCAACAAGCCAAUCCACUGAAACAUGAUUCUAAGGUAAAGUUUUCAAGGCGCUCCAAGCUGCUAUUCAGAGACACGGAGAUUGUGGACCAUUCCAGUUCCAUGCUCCGAAUCAAUGCGAGACAUCCUGCAAUCACCACGGCCUGCUUUGAUGUCUAUAUAGCAGCGGAUACCCGCAGCCUUGGCUGGCAACAAGCAAUGCUUCACCUGAAAAGUAUGGACAAGAUGAGCUUCAAGGUGAAGCAGACAGCCAACACAAUUAUAUCAUGAGCGCCAAACGUAUUCAGUUACAGCCCAUCUAACUAUGACCACUAUGAUCAUGUAUCUACCUUUCUGCUUGUAAGUGGAUGUGUACCACAAUAAAUUGGUGCAGUGUAUUGAAUAGUUUAUCAGAAAUGGACCGAUCCUCAUGUAUGUAUCUUUCUGCUCGUAAGCGCGUGUGGAUAGGUGCACUGUAUUGAAUAGUUUAUCAGAAAAGUUGUCUUCUUUUUCUUACAUAGUCAGGAUUAUUGUGGAAGUUUAUCCCAAUCAGAGUCGUCUAUAGUCACUGUAGUCUUUGUGCUGCAUCUAGUGUCCUGCUAACAUUAAAGUGCUUUUUGGAAGAUUAAGCCAGCAAAAACAACUGCUCAUCGCUAUCAAAAAAAUUCUGCGACUUUUGAACGAGA